AUGAAACCCGGAUUUGUCGACACCGAAUCAGGAGCUGCCGUUGGACGAAUAACGUCAACAUUACUUCAAAAAAACGAAGAAAAAUACACUCAAAUGGUCGAUGACGAAAGGGGUGUUUCAGAUUCGGUAACUGAAGGUGAAGAAGCUUCGACGUUCGACACCAGAUAUCACACGGUACUCCCUACAAUGAAGACACUAAUUGGAAUAAGAAGUGAGAAUAAAGAGACAAUAUUUUGUGGAAUUUAUACAACUGGAGAAGAUUCAACAAAUGAAUUCAGGAUUUCCCUGCUUCAGACAAAAUUGGGUCUCAUGAUUUGCAGAAGUGGAUAUAUCGAAGAAACCGGUCGAAUUACUCAUAAUACAGUUAAACUUAAGUGUAUUACUAGUGUACGCCGUGUUCCAGAUAUGGAUCAAUUCUGGAAACUGGAAUGCAUAGGAAUACAUGAACAACCUUACGAUCAUGAUAACGAACGAACGCUGGAACAAUUUUAA